AUGAUGUUAACCGAUGGCCAGAAGCCGACACCAAAGCCCAAGAAGGCCGGACCCCCCGGAGGACCCAUUAAGAAGAGGUCCUUCAGUGAUGGCGAAGAUAAGGGUAUACUUAUGACAAUGUUUGACGGCUCGGUCUCGUUCUUGGAGAACCUGAGGCGUCAGUACAAGUUUGGGUUCAGCAAAGAUGACAGGAGGAGAGUAAGUAGGGUUUGGUUCGCUAUUACCGCAGAUAUCGGGACCAAUACUAGGGUUAAGAGAGGGGCCGAUGAGACUGAGAUGAAGACCAAUGUGGACACCGCUAUGGAUACAGAUCCGGACGAUAAGACACUUCAGGUGGUGGGCGACGGAUCUGUUUAUAUGAUGGUGUGGAAGAAUAAGUCCUACGAUGGCGGCCGCUCUUAUGAACUGAUCGCCGAGUAUCAGAGACACGAGGAGACAAAAAUGAAAAACGAUUUUGAAGGUAUAUGCGAUAAUUGUUUUAACAAAAAGACGCCGUACAAACCGGAGAAAACCGAAACUAAACCAUCGAAACCUGAUCCACAACCCGAUGACCAAUCAUCAGAUGACACAAAAUCAGAUGACAAACCAAAGCCCAGCCCUACAACGGAAUCAAAGCCCGAAUCGACUACCGAAGAGGACUUCGCCCCCGAUCCGCACGAAUUGGUCAACACAACGCCCCCUCCGAUCGUCGACUACCCCACAGAUCGGGACAAAAACUAUCCCUCAAACAAAGACGGAACCUAUGGCUUCGUGGUUCAGCUCACGUACGGACCGAAUCCUGAAUUGAUCCGACUUCGAGGCAAAGAAAUGUAUUACUUCAACAAAGUUGGUAACAAUAUUGUCUUCACCAAUGAUAUGAUGCCCGUCAAGAAUAAUCGCAUGAAACUGCCUCCGGAUAUCACUUCUGCCUUUAGAGAAGAGCUCUCGAUAGCAGUAAUGGUUGCCCUGAAACAAGUACAACAUCUGGUCGGGCAUCGAGAAGGCGGCGGUCACUCCCGGCGGCAACUUCUCGGCGCUCUCGUAGUGCUUGACGUGCCGUCGUUUGCGGGUAAAUAUGUCGCCAACUGUUGA